GCAGCAAAGACGUGACGAGCAGAUAUUUGCAGGGUGAGGACGAUGCGGGCAGCAGCCUUCUCCACGCCAAGGUCAGAUAAAAUGCCCGGAAUGUUCUUCUCUGCUAACCCAAGGGAGUUGAAGGGGACUGGCCCUUCUCUUCUAGACAGCGCAGCUCAGAAAAAAAGGCCAAAGACUUUUGGAAUGGAUGUGAAAACAUACCUGAGAUCUUUGAUGCCACAUCUGGAAUCCGGAAUAAAAUCUUCUAAAGCCAAGAGCAUGCUUUGUGCUGAUGAAGUAAUGCAGUGGUCGCAAUCUCUAGAAAAACUUCUUGCAAACCAAACUGGCCAAGUUGUCUUUGGAAAAUUCCUGAAGUCUGAAUUUAGUGAGGAGAAUAUUGAAUUCUGGCUGGCUUGUGAAGACUAUAGGAAAACAGAGUCUGAUCUUUUGCAUUGUAAAGCAGAGAAAAUAUAUAAAGCAUUUGUUCAUGUCGAUGCUACGAAACAAAUCAACAUUGACUUUCAUACUCGAGAAACUACAGCCAAGAAGAUUAAAGCACCAACCUCCACUUGUUUUGAUGAAGCCCAAAAACUCAUAUACACUCUUAUGGAAAAAGAUUCCUACCCCAGGUUCCUCAAAUCAGAUAUUUACUUAAACCUUCUAAAUGACCUUCAGGCAAAUAGACUGAAGUGACAGGUUUCUGGCUGGAGGGUCUUAAAGAUGGUGUCAAGUUCAGAGGAGUGGGCCCAUGUGGCUCCCUGGAGAAAGAGCUUUGCCUUUGGGGUGACCGGACAGGGCCAGGGUAAGAACGAAGGACUCAACCAGGAUUAACUUGCAAGUGAUCCACGCACAGCAUUGCAGAAGCAUGUGCAAGUUGUUAACGAGAGACUUCAGAAGGAAGGGCAUGUGGUGGUACUGUCAAUAGGUACAGUAGCUCUGCAUAUUGGACAAUGCCUCCGAACUGAGAAGACCGGGAACUCUAGUAACACAGCAAUUGUGAAUAAAAUUAUGAAACUGAUUAAAAUAUGGUAUAAGCUUCAUGGUCAACUGACAUUCAUGCUGCAUAUCACUAUGUCUAGGUUGUGUAUUGAGCUGCUGAGAUCCUUUACCUUGGAUGACUAUUUGAAAAGUAUGUUUAUCAAAAUCAUCAUAGCUAUUCUUGUCCUAAGAGUUGUUAGUAUUUUUAUUGUUAUUGUUUAUUUGAUUGUAUUUUAGAGGGGAGGAGGGUGCUUGGAAGAAAUGAAGUAAAAUGUGGUUAACUUAAACCAGUGCUCUUACAACUGGGAGAGCAGAUUAUAAUUGUAAAUUAAAUUAUCACCAUGUCAAUAAUAAAUGUGUUUUAUAUUACAGUG